AUGGGAGCUGCCUACACCAUUCUCGGAAGAUCCGUGCCACCUCACUACUUGGCCCUUGCCACCAUCGGCGCUGUCGGCUUGGUGGUUGCUCCUAAGCCAUGGGGUAACGCUAAGGAGGCUCAUGCUCCAAUCAACGCUUCUUCCCCUGAGGAGGAGAAGUUUGUCAAGGAGUUUGUGGCCAAGCAUUCCGAGAAGCACUAG